AUGGAACAAAAGCUGAUAGUAGUUGUCGGUGCUACGGGCAACCAAGGAGGCUCCGUCGCCCGCAGAUUCCUCACGGCCGCAUACCAUGUACGUGGCCUCACUCGUAAUGCCUCCUCUCUCCCUGCCGCCCAGCUCAAGUCGCUGGGAGUAGAAGUUGUGGAAGCGAGUCUUGAUGAUGCUCGUUCGCUAGAAGAUGCAUUUCGUGGUGCGAAUAUUAUCUUCAGUGUGACCAACUACUGGGAGCCUUUCUUCCGGCCUGACUGCCGCGCGGAGGCGCAAAGAUUGGGAAUUUCGUGCCGCCAAUACGCCUAUCAUGUCGAAUACUCUCAAAGCCGGAAUAUUGUUGACGCAGCAGCCAAGACCUUGGACUCACUCGACGAGAAUGGAUUCUUGGUGUCCACGCUCAGUAAUGCGAAGAAAUGCAGCGGUGGCAAGUUCACGGAGCUCUACCACUUCGAUGCGAAGGCCGACGUCUUCCCCGACUACGUGAACAGUAUCUAUCCCCUUCUGGCUGCAAAAAUGUCUUGUAUCCAUACUGGUUACUUUUACACGAGCUACAACAUUCUUCCCAACUCAUACUUCAAAAAGAAUCUCGACGGCACGUUCAUCAUGGCGUUCCCCACUGCUCCAGACAAGCCCGUACCACACUUCGAUCCUGUCGGUGAUAUGGGAAAUUUCACGUUUGCGGUUUCCCAAAUGCCGCCAGGCAAAGCUUAUAUGGCAGAAGGCACGACCUGCACAUGGCCUGAAUUUCUGCGCAGCUGGGCCAAUGUGGUGGGUGUCAAGGCUAGCUACAAACAGGUCACGCCCGAAGAAAUGAUUGAGGCGACAGGAGAGCAUGAUACUGGCAUUGAGGUGGCCUACAUGUUCUCAUAUGCCUCGGAUCCAGGCUACGAUGGUGGUAUGAGCUUGCUCAAGGCAGCUGACAUUGAAAAGUCCGGAAUUGACUGUCCCAUGACAGCCUGGAAAGACUGGGCAAAGAAGACGGACUGGUCUUCGGUAUUGGAGAAGUAG